UGUUUCCCUCAUGCAUUGUUUAUGUAGUGCUCUCACUUUUCCUGUCUCCCAUUAAGAAAUUUUACUUUUACAUUCUCAAACAACACAAAUCAAUGGCUCCAAGGGACAGAGCCACCGCACACUCCGCCGCAACACCCCACAACGCCGCCGCUAAGGAGAUCCGUUACCGCGGCGUCAGGAAGCGCCCAUGGGGACGUUAUGCCGCCGAGAUCCGUGACCCGGGGAAGAAAACACGCGUCUGGCUUGGGACCUUUGACACCGCGGAGGAAGCGGCGAAGGCUUACGACACGGCGGCGCGUGAGUUUCGUGGUGCUAAGGCUAAGACGAAUUUCCCCACCGCGUCUGAGCUUGUGAACAGCAUCACCACACGGAGCAGCCCUAGCCACAGCAGCACGCUCGAGUCUUCCUCCCCUCCGCCGCAACCGUCGCCGCUGGACCUCACGCUUACACCCCCGCUCUCCACCGGCGCGUUCCAAGUUGCGCGUCCUGUGAUGUUUUUCGACGCGUUUGCUCGUCCGGAGACCAUGCUGAGCAUCGGUCGGCGUGAGAUGUGCGGGUUUGAUCUCCCGGUGGCUGAUUUUAGACUCGCCACCGCUGCCGCCGCCGCGCACAGUGACUCUGAUUCUUCCUCCGUCGUGGACUACGAGCGUGUCCUGCGUGAGAGACUCUUGGAUCUUGACCUCAACGUCCCUCCUCCGCCGGAGGUUGCUUGAUCCGACGCCGUUUUGAUAGAUCUGAUUUUUUGCCAUUUUGGACCCUUCUGCGAUGAUGAUGAUAACCACCAUGUCUUGUAAAUAUACCAUAACCAAAAGCUAGAAAACAAGGCCUUGUGCUUUUUCUUUCUUUUUUUGCAACCGAGAACUUGUUUAGAAGUUUUUCAUGGUUGUUUCUGCAAUUGCUGUUCAUCUUUGAUAAUAUAUUAAUUAUAUGAAGGCAUUUUCAUCACAA